CCCUCCCAGCUGACCCUUCUCCUAAUAUUGGUUUUACACCUCACCUGCAUUGCAUCUGCCCCCUCCACCCAUUUCCUCUCAUUAAAUUAAAAUCACUCCUUUCAUUAGUAAGUGGACGUUGGGCUUCAUCAUUUUACUUAUAUGUUACUUCUGCCUCGCCUUUUUAUGGGAAUAAUAUAGAUAGCUAGAAAAUUCAGGUUUAAAACCAUGUUGGUAAUUUUUUUAAUGGGUGGACAAUCUUUUUCAGGCCAAGCGUCAAUUCUGGGGGGGUGGGGCAGAGGCAAAAGUUAGCAAAGCAACAAAUGUGAUUUGUACAAUAGACUCAUUUCUACAUACACUCACAUACUCCCAUCUAUUGUCCAUCCAGUUCAAAGACAGCUGGGCAGAAACAGAUGCAAAGCCGGGCUGGUAAGGAAUGUGGCUCAGGGCAAAGGAGUGUGGUUGCGGAGGGUUUACAGUUUCAGCAGAGGCCCGUGGUCCAGAUAAGAGGCCUUGAAGACCACAUUUGGUCCUUGGCCUGUUGGUUCCCCAUUCCCAAUUGAGAGUUAUUGAGGGCAAACACAUUCCUCUUAUGUGAUUCUUGAGCACACUAAGUCUUAUUAUCCCAUUCUCUCAUAACUCUGGUUCCUACCCCAGCAGGCUUGCACAAAGUCAGCCACCCACUUGCACUUUUCGGUCCAAGAAUGCCUCACUCAUUUGGGGCAUAUGUAAUGCUUCACACUGGAAUGUUCUGAAAUUUUAGUGGCUGCAAGCACAUAUUCAAAGACUCUUUGUAAAACGAGCAUUGGUGAAGUACUUUCUUCAUUUAUGCAGCUGAGGCGUAAACAAACAAGGCCCACCGCAAAAAUACCUCUCCACUGUAAAGGCUUUUUGCUGCCAUUAAAUCAGCCUUAAUGUGCACGUCAUUAUAGCUUUUUUGUCAUUAAAGUGUUUGCAGGAGACCUACACUAGACAUAGGUGGGCGGGAAUUAGCCAGCAUGUUGUGUUUUAUGGCAGUAGCUACCAUUUCAUCAUGCAUACCUCUUCUACCUUAUUACCUCAUUUAAAAGACUUCAUUGGAACCUGUAUUUGCAUGCUCAGAUAUAUUUCUUUUGUGAAGCAUAACAGAAAUGUGUUCUAAUCAUACUAUCCUCAAACCAGUGGACUUGGAUUGGCUUCUGAAACAUCAGAGUGCUUACUGCAGUCAUAUUCUGUAGAGGCUGAAGUUUUUAAAAAUGCUCAGGACUGCAUGCCCUGGUUCUUUCCAUGCCUCUUUGUGAGUUUGAUAUAGUUUCGUCGUAUGUUCAGGGCACCGUACGCCGAGUUGAAAUGUUGUGGUUUCAGAACUCUAAACAGUACUUGUCAUCUAUCACAGAUUUCAGCUGCUCUGUAAUAAUUACCAUGGAAUAUUGCCAGAAGCCAGAUAUAGUCAAGCUGUUGCCAAGAUUGGUUAGCUGUGCUAGCAGUAGCCAGAACUCAUAUUAGUGUUGUUGGUCAUGUUCGCACUAGAGCACAGCGCUUACCGCGUGAAAUGUAGUCCACCUCUCCCUGUUCAGACCUUUGAAGGCUCCCUUCCAACAGGAAAAGAAUAUUGAAGCAGCUUCAAGGAACAGCUGGAGUAUGUGUGCAGGUAGAAAGGUCCCAAGCUGAAUGGGUUAUACCACUUCAAACUGCAGAAGCCGGUAUGCCAAAGCUUAGUAGAAGGAAGAAGAAUAAAAUGUUAAAGAUUGGACAUGGUGGGAUUCUGGAUAGCAGUGCUGCAGGAGUGUUAGUGGUUGGCAUUGGAAAAGGAACUAAAAUGCUGAGCAGCUUGCUGGCAGGUUCUAAGAAAUACACAGCUGUUGGGGAAUUGGGAAAGGCAACUGACACAUUUGAUUCUACAGGCAAAGUAACAGAAGAAAAACCUUACGAUUGGAUAACAAAAGAGGAUCUUGAGAAUGUCCUGCAGAAGUUCACAGGCAGCAUCAUGCAAGUUCCCCCGAUCUAUUGUGCCCUGAAGAGAGAUGGACAGAGGUUGUCCACUCUGGUUAAGAAAGGAGAAGUUGUUGAAGCAAAGCCUGCCAGACAAGUUAUGGUCUACAGUCUCACUCUUAGGAGUUUCAAGCCGCCAUUCUUCACGCUUGAUGUUGAAUGUGGCGGCGGCUUUUAUGUCAGAAGCUUGGUCAACGAUAUUGGCAAAGAGCUGUCCUCCUGUGCCACUGUGCUGGAAUUGACCCGAACCAAACAGGGACCGUUUACCCUAGAAGAGCAUAUUCUUUAUGAAGACAAAUGGACCAUUGAUGAAGUUGCCCGGUCUCUGGAGUGUUGCAUGCCUCUCCUCCAGGAAGAACCGCCUUGUAAAAAAUUAAAGAUGGAGCUGUCUGAAGAAUGCGCCAUGAACUCUGAAGAUAAGUGAUAAGUCAGGUCAAGGAAAAAGACUGAAUGACUGAGAUGUUUUAAGAUUGCUCUGGGAUUGUCUUGUCUUCCCCUGUAAAUUUACAGUCCAGUGCGUGGAGGAUGACAAAUUACAAUGCAAUGAAAAUGAUACCUUUCUAUCUCUUCUGUUCAUGCUGAAGCAUACAGACACACACAAAGAUGCCCAGCAUUUAUUUCCUUUCAUAAUGUCCGUAUUGUGUUGUGAACUUAUUUGUCAAGGAAGCAGACUCAUCACUACACCCUGUAAAAGACCUUGCAGGACACUUCUAAAAUUUGAA